AUGGCUUCUUCUUCCUCCAUCAAGAUUGAUGGUUUGCUCAGUAUGGUUACCAUUCGUCUCAGCGACAAUAAUUUCUUGAAAUGGAGUUUUCAAUUGCAGUUUGUGUUGCAAGGGUAUGAGCUUUUUGGGUAUUUCGAUGGCUCUAUAGUUCAACCUCCAAAAUUUGCAAUCUUGGACGAAGAGGGUGUUACUUCUCAAGUCACAGCAGGUUACAAGGAAUGGCUGAAGACUAACAAGGCUCUUCUCAGUUUGCUCAUCGCCACUCUGUCGGAUGAAGCUUUGGAAUAUGUCAUUGGGAUUAAGACGGCUCAAGAGGCUUGGCUCAAUUUGGUGGAUCGCUAUGCCUCAGUUUCACGAGCCCGCAUCAAUCACUUGAAGACUGAGCUCCAAACUGCUCAAAAAGGGGGGGGACUCUAUUGA